ACGAAAUCCGUUCUAUACUGGAAAGUUGAUGCCAGCUAGAUUGCGCAAAGAUGGACAACCUACAACCUUGCAUAAACUUUUUAUUUCAAAAGUCCUGGCUGAAAGCGUUUGGCUAUUGCUGCAACUUCGUCAGCUUCGCCGCCUACCCCUACGUAUACGGCGGCCUGAACCGCAGUAUCCGCGCCGACAUCCGUUCCGUCUUCCGGUCCACGUUCCGGCGCGCAUCAGUCACCAGUUCCCAGUCCGGCGUGUCACACCGGCGCUGGAGUAUCUCCAGUCAUGUUCUGGAUUAUCUGCCGGUGUUCGCCAGUUCCCGGUCGGGAAGUAGGCGCGCCUCAGCGGAUAGCACCACCUCCAACGGCGCUUCCGGGGCACACCGCUGCACGUCCGACUGCCCGGAGGCCUGCCCCGAAGUGGCAUCGAUUUCCUCAUCGGUGUUCCGGAAUUUUUCUUCGUCGAAAGCCUCGCGCCGGCGGGUUAGUGCACCGUCGCGGCUGCAGCACAGUACGAUGGAGCAUGUGGAUGGAAAGCAGGAAAAAAAGUUUUAUUAA